AUGGCGCCAGCAGUUGCAGGUCCUGGUGAUGGCAUCAUUGAGCGCCUUGUCGCUGCCGAUAAAGUACGAUGGUGGAACAAACCCAAUCUCCGACGUCUCUACCUAUUAUUGGUGCCGUUCUGCUUUUUCAUUGAGUCUACUUCUGGGUUUGAUAGCUCAAUGAUGAACGGAAUGCAAGCUCUCGAAUACUGGCAAGAAUACUUCAACCAUCCCAAAGGAGGUCAACUAGGAUUGCUUGUUGCAUGCUACAACCUCGGAGCUAUCUCAAGUAUCCCGCUCGUAGCACUCGUUUCAGAUCAUUUGGGAAGGCGAAAGAGUAUCGUCCUCGGGUCGACCAUCAUGAUCAUCGGAGCGGUCAUGCAGGGCUUGUCACAGAACCUUGCGAUGUUUAUUUUCAGCAGAAUCUUUCUAGGUCACGGCAUCGUUUAUGCUAUCAUAUCCGGUGCCGCCCUCCUUGGCGAGUUAGGCCACCCCAAAGAACGGCAAUUUCUCGGCAGUCUCUUCAACGCAUUCUUCGGAAUCGUGUUCGCUUUCACAGUACCAGAAAGCCCUAGAUGGCUAGUCUCGAAAGAUAGGAGUGAAGAGGCUCUCGAAAUCUUGAUCAAGUACCACGCAGAGGGUGAUGCUUCUGCUGAGCUACCUCAUCUUGAGAUUGCAGAGAUUCGUAAAGCUCUGGAACUAGAGAACGAAUCACGACAACGUGGCUGGGCUGAGCUUUUCCAGUCGAAAGGCAUGCGACACCGCGCCCUUGUCGCUGCGGGGCUUGGUGUCUUCGUCCAAUACAGUGGCAACAAUCUCAUCAGCCAGUACCUCGUACCUAUCCUGGAGAAGAUUGGUAUCGAAGAUAGUCACACUCAAGUGCGCUACAACGUCGGCUCUGAAGCAUGGGGCUUCGUCAUGGCACUUGUCAUGGCGACCAUCACACCUCGAUACCCGCGACGCAGGAUGUACUUACUAUGUGCAAGCUGCUUGUUGUGCGUGUAUACGGCAUGGACGAUCGCACAGGCCCGUAACCGGAUGACUGGAUCAAAGGAGACUGGCUACGCCGUUCUUGUCAUGAUCUUCCUCUACAAGCCCGCCUACAAUAUCGCUUACAACGCUCUCACCUAUGUAUACAUGGUCGAGAUCUUCCCGUACUAUGUGCGUACUAAGGGUCUUUCGUGGUUCCAGCUCUUCAAUCGCUGCUCCGUCAUGCUGGGUUCCUUUACCAACCCCAUCGGACUUCAAGACCUUGACUGGAAGUUCUUGUUUGUGUACAUUGCUUUGCUGUCUUGCGAGAUCGUUUUCAUUUACUUCUUGUUUCCGGAGACAUACGGAAAGACGUUGGAAGAACUCACGUUUCUGUUCGAAAGUGAGAAGGAGGAUCGCGAUGCGCUCGCUGCAACCACCGCCAAGGUUAUGGGACAUGAUGGCAACGUCACUGAGCUUCAUGAGGCGCCAGAGAAGAAGGCCUAA